CGAGCUACUUGUACAUAUUGUUGAGUACAUUUAUUUAUUGGUGUAACUAUAUUCUUGUUCAAAGUUAUGUAUGAAUCUGUAACCUGGAUAUAAUUAAGUGUGCCUGUCUGUUAAUUGUGGUCUAGCAGAGUAUUCAAUGUUGACAAUAUUUAUUUAUUUCGGAAAAUUGUAGCAAAUAGAAUUAGAAUCAAUUAAUAUGGAAUUGAUUAGACGUGGAGAGCAUCCCGAGGUAUAUAGUCUAGGUGAAAUACUUGGUGCAGGAACAUACGGUAAAGUCUACCUUGCCACUGCUAAAAAUGGAGAACAGAGUGCAAUAAAACAAAUUAAUGUUGAAGAUUUGAGGCACGAUACCGCAGAGAUGGAAAAUUUUGCAAGAGAGAUCAAUAACUUGUCCAGUUUAACUCAUAAAAACAUUCUGUGCUACUUGGAUUCAUGGCAGGACGACGAAAGAGCCUACAUUUACAUCAAAACAGAGUACUGCUCCAAAAAGGAUUUAUGGAAUUAUGUUAACGCUACUGGAAUACCAGACGAACAACAGUUGAGGUCAUGGAUUUAUCAAAUUGCUUCCGCAUUAAAGCACAUGCACGAAAGGGGAUAUAUACAUCGUAAUGUUAAGCCAGCAAAUGUAAUGGUUAUCGAAGAUCUGACUUUAAAAUUGGGAGAUUUUGGUACUUCAAGAUUAAUACCAAAAUCAAGUAUAUUAACUACAGUGAUUGGCACGCCAUAUUUUAUGUGUCCGGAAAUGCUGAACUACAAAUCAUACAGCAAACCUGCUGACAUUUGGAGUUUUGGUUGUCUAUGUUAUGCUAUUGCAACUUUAAAAGUGAUGAACGAGGGAACAUCCUUCAAAGAUAUCAUGAAAAGUUCGUUAAGAUUAAAGAACAGAGAAGUUGUACGUAACAUACCUUUUUCGGAUUGCGUAAAAAACCUGAUUGGACAAAUGUUAUCAUUUUUUCCGGAUGACAGACCAACGGCAGAUGAAAUCAUGGAUAAAGUGAAAUCAUGUGAAGAUGGGUCUGAAGCAAAUGCCCAUUCAGAUGAGCGAAAACUGACGAGACAACAAUCAGAGUGUAACCCAAAGAGCAAAAAACGUAAGCCUACCGCUGACGAAUCGUGGUUUCCUAGAAAUAUCGAUUUGUCUAAAACAUGCCCGGCAGCUCUGCAUUAUUCGCCGAUUAACAAAAGUCAACCAACAAAAAACACAGCUCUGCAUUUUUCGCCAAACAGAAGUCAACCAACAAACGAUACUGGUGCUGUGAAAACAGUAACUAAAAGUCAACCAACAGAAAGUACUGGUGCUGUGAAAACAGUAACUGAACGCCAAGUAAACCAGCCUGAUGCACAAUUUGAGGACGACCUUAAAGAUAUUUAUUUUUACAGUAUUUUAAAGGAGAAGUUGGGAGCGGAUGUCUAUGAAGUUGGGUUAAAUUGUAUGUACCAAAACGAUGAUGAUGACAUAGCCAUGACUGAGUUAAAGGGAGCAAUUGGAGAUGAAAAUUAUAGAGAGUUUGAUGUUUUCUUUGCUAAACUACGUUCCAUUCAUGUCAACAGCAUGGGGACCUUGUCAUAUACCAAACGUUUUUUAACAAAGCAGUUAGGGGAUGUUGUCUUUGAAGCUGCUUUAAAUUGUAUGCAUCAAAACGAUGAUGAAGAUAAAUUCAUGGCAGAGUUAAAGAGUGUAAUUGGAGAAGACCAUUACAGCAAUUUACAUACAUUCUUUGCUAAAUUGCGUUCCAUUGAUCGUCACUAACAUGCCGGUCGUUAUUUGUUAUUGUUAUUUUUGAACUAUUUUAAAUUCAAACGUUUAAUUGCCCCCUGUGAUAUACGAUACUAAUCUUUUUGAUGCGGCAUUUAGUUAAUCAAAAUUUGGUUCAUACGUGUAUUAUUAUUCGUCUUAAAGAACGUCAUUUCCGCAAAUUUAAUUAUUAACUUGUUAAUGACAUUACUGUCUUCUUUUUAACAUUAAACCCGUCAGUUUUCUACAAUAAUGUAUUUCAAUUAUAUUUAUUUACCGGAAUUAUCUCACUGUGAUUUGUUUAUAUUUAUAUACGUUUUCUACAUUGUGUUUAAAUUAUAUUCAUUUACCGGAUUAUUCUUUCUAAAUUUAAAACUGUGAUAUGUUUAUGUAUGUUUUAUAUAUUUUUGUUUACCGUAUCGGCUAUUUUAGGCUACUAUUAAAUUGUAUUUAGUCGAUAUUACUUACAUUGAUAUUACACAUUAUACAAUUAAUUAUCAUUGAUGUUAUGUUUAUGUAUAUCAUUAUGCAUUUAGAAUGAAAUGAAUAUCGAUGUUGUCACAUCCGAUUAAAUAUUCAUUAUAAUGUCCAUAUUCAUAUUGUGGACGUAUAUUGCCAUCGCCUCUGUGUGUGUGUCUGCGGGUCGCCUACAGGCCGCAAUUUAUAAUAGGUUGUCUUAAAACUUUGCAUACUUAUUCCUUAUACCCUAAGGAUGACCCCAAUUGUUUUGGUGCAUGCCCGACACCAAACGGCAGAAUCACGCCCAUUUGUAUUAUUUGUUGGUAUGUCGUUUACAGGCCGCAUUUUUUAACGAUCAUCUUGAAACUUUGCAUACAUAUUCCUUAUACGCUAAGGAUCAUCACUAUGGUGUCUGUGUGUCGUCUAUAGGCCACAAUUCUUAAUGGAUCGUCUUGGAACAUUGUAUAUUUAUUCCUUAUAGCUUUAGGACGGCCUAUUGAUUUUGGUGCAUGUCCCAAUCCCCAGGGGCAGCGCCACACCCAAUUUUUGUGUUUAUCAUAUAUAGGCCGCAAUUGUGAUUUGUGAAUGGGUCACCUUGGAACUUGGAAUAUGUAUUCCUGUAGCCUAAGGACGGCAACUACUAAUUUUAGUGUAUGCCCAGAGCCACACCCAUCUUUUUGUUUAUCGUCUAAGGCCACAAUUCUGAAUGGAUUAUCUUGGACCUUGGUGUAUAUACCCCAAGGACGACUACUAUUGAUUUUGGUGCAUGAUCCGCCCGGCUUGGGCGGUGCCACACACACUUUUUGUUAAUAUUUUGUCUGUAAAUAAUCUACAGGUUGCAAUUAUUAGCAUACUUGGAUCCAAUUCGGCAUGAUCUAAUAAUAGGGUUGUACCUCUUCAUAUUGUUACAUAUAUCCACCCCAUAGGGGCCGAGUCGCGCCCUAUUUUUUUGUUGAUCGUCUACAAACUGCAAUUCUGAAUGGAUCACUUUGGAACUUUGUAUAUUUAUUCCUUCUACUGUAAAGACAUCAAUUACUUAUUUUGGUGCAUGCCUCAACCCAAGUAAUGUGGACGUAUAUUGCAGCGGUACCGAUGCUCUUGUUUAUUAUAUUGGCUGUGUGGAUCUAGCCUUCGAAUCAAGUAUGUGUAUACAGCAUUUGAUUAAAAAUUGGUUAUAGUACUGAUACUAUCAACCAGCUUCACAGCCUGUCUUUGUCUUCACAGACCACCCACUUAUUAAGAAUAUUCUGAAGUGUUUGAUUGUAUCCACAAACCCUUAAAAUUAACGUGUUUUCGAAAUAUUUGAAUUGUUGAUUUAUAACAAGAAGUUGACUCCUUUGCAUUUGAUUUAAAUUACAAAAAAUAAAGUAAGUAUUUCUCAGUCGCUUACAAAUACCUGAA